AGUGAAACCUGGAUAAGUGGGACCUGGAUAAGUGAGAAACCUCUAUAAGUGAAACUUUUUCUCAGGUCCCGGUACCUCUGCACUGAAAAACCUCUUUAAGUAAUAUUGAUGAACCUCUAUAAAAAAGAAGUCGUUCAUCAUGUUGUGAAAUGUAUAGAAGACAAUGUAAGUGCUGAAAUAAACAUUUUACAAGCUAUGAGAUUCGAUAGAAAAGCUUGGUUUUCUGUCAGUAAAACUACAAUCGCAAAUUGUUUUAGAAAAUCAGGUUUCAAGUUACAUGCGUUUGAUUCACAAGGUAAUGAACAAGAACAAGAAAAAGAAACAACUACGAUUAGUGACGAUGUUUGGGCUCUAGCAAUAAAUGAUGACAACCAGCAACUGCAAUUCAACGAAUAUGUCAAUAUUGAUGAGGAUGUGAUGACUUCAGGGGAAUUGACCGAUAAUGAUAUCGUUUCUGCAGCAAUCUCCCCUAUAGAAACAGAAGAGGAAAAAGAAGAAGAAGAAGAAGCAACAGUUGAGAAAGUAUCCAAAUCUGACGCGGAAAAAGCAUUGUGGACAUUGCAUAAAUAUUUUGAAUUUUCUAAUAUUAAUGAUAAAACUAUUUUUGACAAAUUAUUUGCUAUUGAAGAAUUGUUGACUGCUGAUUGUAACUUAAAGCUAACUAAAAUGACCGAAUUCUAUAAGUGAAUUUCUGUACUGUAU